AUGGAUGAAUACACAGCCGAAGCCUUUGCCAAUCGCGAUGAGCCCACGCCACUCAUCACUAUCCCCUCUGGUGACGUGGAUGCUUCAUCCUCUGAAGCAGACAUCACAAGUCACAAGCACAAGUCCAAGAGAGCACGCCCGCCAUCGCAACUGAACACCCAGCUUCAAGACGGCCCUGCUUCUCUCCCCGGGAGAAAUGAAGCCACACCACCACUUUCAGCAGGAAGAAUGUCUCUUCAGGAUCGCCUGUUUGCGAAAGUUUUCCAACAGGUGCUUCCAACAGACGAUGGUGAGGACGACCUACCCACCACUCCAACCACCGUGCCGUCAAGUUCAAAUGUCUCUCGCCCUGCAUUUAGCCUGCCAUUGAUGACAUACAACUUUCGUCGCUUCAACGCCCGGAUCGGCAUCGUGUUCGUCUUUCAGAAUCGCCUCAUCCGCCUCUUCACCUGGCGAAGGCCAACACAAACCUUGUCCUUCCUAGCCACGUACUCGUUCGUCUGUCUCGAUCCAUAUCUCCUGGUCGUGGUACCUCUUGCCAUAGCUUUGUUCUAUAUCAUGAUCCCAGCAUUCACUUCUCGCCACCCACCACCUCCAACGCCCGCAUUCGCCCACGGCAGUAGCACCAACCUUACAACAGAAUACCAUCAAGCAUACACAGGCCCCGCAUUAGCCCCGGCUGCUGUCAUCAAACCAGCACCUGAAACCUCAAAAGACUUCUUCCGCAAUAUGGGUGACCUGCAGAACACCAUGGCCGACUUCAGUAACGUGCACGACUGGCUCGUGGACAACGUCGCGCCAGCCACGAAUUUCUCCGACGAACAGUUUUCCUCCCAACUGUUUCUGUAUUUGAUUAUUCUAACCACGCUUUCCUUUAUCACCUCGCAUCUGCUUCCUUGGCGAUUGAUAUUUCUUGCUUUGGGAUGGGCUGUUAUUGGCUCCUCCCAUCCCAGGGCACAGGCAUGGUUGAUGAAGAUGCAAAAACAAGCCGAAAUCGAAACAACCCUCGCGCUGAACGACCCUAAUCUCAAACACCAAAAGUAUAUCCACGGCAUCCCCCUGCCCGCCACGCCACAUGCGAUCAAGUCCGCGUUCACUACCUUUUCUGAGAUCACCCUAUCAACAACCCCAGAGACCAGGGAAGUGGAGAUCUUUGAACUCCAGCAUCGUCCUCUAGCCAACGCUGCCUCCAGUGGAAAUGCAGCCGAAUGGCAGCCCCAUCUCUUCACACCUUCUCCUUACGAUCCUCUCUCACCAGCGCGAAUAGCAGGCGACAGGCCAAGGGGCACACGCUUCUUCGAAGACGUCGAACCGCCAGAGGGAUGGGAAUGGGCAUCCAAGAAAUGGGAGCUGGACCUCGAAGCCGGGGAGUGGGUCAACGAGAGACUGGUCGUGGGCGUCGAGUACGACGUCCUCAACCGCGAGUCCCAAAACAUCGAUGGGCCUCUAUCAGGUCAUGCCUCCUCCGGCCCUGGAGACCACGAUCAAGAUGGCAACAGAAAAGACAGCGACACAAGAUUACGAAGAAUCUCUACAACUCGCAGAGAGAGUAUCAAUCUCGACUUUGGGGGUUGGGUGUGGGAUCUUCCGCCGAUGCCCGGCUCCGGCGUCAACAGAGACGACGAUCUAUGGCUGGCAUACGGAGACUACAACGUUCCUAAAGUAGGUGUACGACACCAAUCCAAGGAGGAGGAAAAGGCCAGGAAGAAGAGAGAGAAGGAGCGGGAAAAGAGAAACAAGAAAGAGAAAAGUGGCGCGGUGAGGGACUGGGAGGAGGCGACCAGGGUUGACAGUCGUGGGAGGACGGGGGAAUGGAGAAGAAGACGUUGGGUGAGAUUGGUCAAGAGGAAAGUGACAGUGUGA